CGAGUGUAGAGAGAAAAAGAGAAUCCCGUAGAGUAGCCUGCAAGCAAGCCAGCAAUCAUUCUCUCUGCCAGACAAGGAGUGCAAAGAGGCGUAAUUCUCACCGGGCUCAGACGUACAUUCUCAUACGGGCAUACAAACAAGUUUCCAUCAAUCGAAGAGAAUCGUAAUGGCUGAAACUGUAGGCGUCCUGACUGCGGAGGCGAUAGCGCAAAUGCGCGAAAAAUUUUACGCCGAUGAGAGAAAUAUUCAAGCGCAAAAUGUCGUCACAAAAACGGAUCCCUUCGAGGCCUGCAUUUCCCGCAGAAAAAUGCAAGAAUCCCAUUACGUUUUCGAGAAGAAAAUUGACCUGGAGGGUAAACCAAUUACGAAUCAGAAAAAUUCUGGCAGAUGUUGGAUUUUCGCGUGUCUCAAUAUCAUGAGAAUUCCAUUCAUGAAACGAUGGCAUUUGGAGGAAUUCGAGUUCAGUCAGACCUACCUUUACUUUUGGGAUAAGAUCGAGAGGAGUAACUAUUUUCUGCACAACAUAGUAAAAACAGCACGAAAGGGUGAAGAAGUGGACGGUCGGCUGGUAUCAUUUUUACUGAACGAUCCAACGUGCGACGGUGGACAGUGGGACAUGUUGGUGAACCUGAUAAAUCGUUACGGUUUGGUGCCAAAGACAUGUUUCGCAGAAGCAUGGACGAGCGAAUCAUCGAGCCGUAUGAACGCGAUAUUGAAGUCAAAGUUGCGAGAAUUCGCGAAAGAGCUUCGGGAUGAAAUAAAGAAAGAUUCGUCGGAGCAGGUAAUAGAGGAAAAAAUAGCGGAACAGUUGAACGUCGUGUUUCGAAUCGUCGGUAUCUGUCUGGGUAUACCGAGUGAAAAAAUAACUUGGGAAUAUUACGACAAAUCGAAGAGCUAUCGCUCGGUCGGGCCGAUCUCUGGAUUGGAGUUUUAUAAACAAUAUGUCCAGCAAUGCUACAACGUAGACGAAAAAAUUUGCCUCGUCUCGGAUCCGAGGCCCAGCAAUCCUUAUGGAAAGCUCUACGAGCUCGAUUACCUCGGCAAUGUCGUUGGCGGUCGUAAAGUGUUGUACAACAAUCAAUCCCCGGAAAUUCUCAUCCAAAUAUGCGCCGAAAGCAUAAAGAAGAACGAGGCCGUUUGGUUCGGUUGCGAAGUCUCCAAACGUAUCGCCUCCAAGGCAGGACUCCAAGAUCUCGAAAUACACGAUUUCAAAACCUUGUUCAAUACCGAAGUAUUCAUCGGCUUGUCCAAAGCCGACAGACUCAUUUACGGCGAUUCCAUGAUGACUCAUGCCAUGGUUUUCACUGGAUUUUCCACCAACAAUCAGGGGGAAAUCACAAAGUUCCGUGUUGAAAAUUCCUGGGGCGAUGAUCGAGGUGAAAAGGGUUAUUACGUCAUGACAGCCGACUGGUUCAAAGAAUUUGUCUUCGAGAUUGUAGUCGACAAGAAAUUGGCGUCACCGGAAGUGAUGGCAGUUUUCAAGCAAGAUCCGAUUCUCUUACCAGCGUGGGAUCCCAUGGGAACAUUGGCUCAGUGAUGAAGCCUCGAAUGAAAUUUUUAUCGACCGUCGAAUGAAAAGUUCGGCACAUUUGUGGUUUCGAGAAGAACAAAUUAACGGUCGUGUAAUUGAAGUAAAUCUCGUGACUUUGAGACUUUUUUUAUUAGUGAUAUAGCAAUAAGCAAUAUGCAGGUUUUCAUGGAACUUUGUCAGUCAUUCUCGUUUCAUUGGCUCAUUAGAAAAGUUGGUGAAUGAAAAAAAAAAAAAAAAACAAAUGGUCAAUUUGAUCCGGUGGUUAUUCAUCUAGAACGAGAGACUUAGAUUUCAACUGCGAGAAUGAAAAAUACCGGAUAAAACCUUCAUUAAGUCCUAAUUCAUAAAAGAACACGUGAGUGUUCGAGACUUUUCCACAUUUUAUAGUUUUUCAAAUAAAACCAUAAUUUUAAUCCUCAAUUUAUUUGCAAAUUAUCACGACGAAAUCAUGCUAAAAAAUAUACUCUCUUUCGAUAAUCGAUCACAAUUUUUUAAUUUCCAUGUAUUUCGAUCAUUUCGGAAGGGAAACGAAAUUAUUAAAAGUUGAAGUAUCAAAUUCUACGGAUAAAAGUUAAGGAGGAAAAAUACCACCGCUACAAACCGGAGAGAAGUUAGUCUUAGAAGAGCAUUUUAACUCGUCGCACCAUUAGUAAAUAAGCCACAUUUAUAGUUCAGUGUAAAAUGUAAAAAAAAAAAUACAGACACUGAAACUCGAA